AUUUGGUCCGGUGAGUUACUUUACAAUACGUACUCGUCGACACUCGUCAGUGUUUGCCGGUGCUUGCCACCUUGGAGAAUCCAUUCUAGAGGCAAAAAGUUUGAUCGUUGUCUUUUUUUCUCUCGUGUUCUUUGGCCAACACUUUAUAUGUACAUGUCAAAGGUCGUCCGUGUCGGUCCCGAUGAAUUGUCAUACGUCACUGAGCAGGCAUGGGCGGAUAUCUACAAGACCAGAAAGGGCGGUACCACGAAUUCGGGAAAACAACUACAAAAAUUCAUGCCUAGACCACCUGGGUUUCAGCACGGUCUCAUGGACAAUCCGUUUGAUGAUGAACAGGCGGUGUGUAGAAAGGCAUUAGUGGCGGGAAUGAAUGAUCGUUCCGUCAGGAUGAAAGAAUCAACCAUUUUACAAAAGAAUGUAGGUUUGUUGAUUGAAAAGAUGAAGAUGAAGAUCAACACGUCCAAGACUUGGUCCACCAGAGAUAGGCCAGAGGAAAUCCAUGGCCAAGGACAAGACGAUGGCGAGGAAGACUCGAAAGAGGGUGAAGGAAUAAUCGAUCUCGCCAAUUGUUUGGAAUGUGUCGCCAUGGAUGUCAUUGGAGAUUUUGUCUCUGGUGAGACGUUCGGUUGUUUGGACAACCUCGAACUAAACCCAUUGUUCGACAAGAUUGUCAAUUCUCUCAAGCAACUCGCCAUAGGAUGUGGGUUUGAAUCUUGUCGUUUGACGAAACCGAUUGUUCGAAUGGGGAAACCUAGAUUCGACACCGUGGUUGAGAUACGACGACGUCUUGAGAGGAGGGAACAACAACAGCAGCAGCAGGACAAUCCUAAAUCGGAAGAUGAUAUAUUAUACCACGUUUUCAAAGACGUCGAGACUUCAAAGGGCUUAGGAUAUAAGAAUUUGGCGGAACGUGUGGCCGCCGACGCCAUAACUGGUGGGUUCGAUACGAUUGCUAUAGCUAUGGUGGGUGCAAUGUACUUUCUAGUCAAGAACCCUGAAAAGAUGAAGAUCCUCCGAGACGAAAUCAGAGGAACAUUCGAGACCGACGAUGAAAUCACACUCGCCCGAGUCAAUUCUUUACCAUACUUGACCGCCGUCUUUUCCGAGACUUUGAGACUUUGGCCUCCCGGCCCUGAAACUUUGAGAAGAGUGACAAACGGUCCGGGAGGGAACAUUAUCGAUGGCGAAUGGGUACCACCUAACACAUUGGUCGGUGUCUACCAUUGGACGGCAGGAAGGUAUAAAGGAGCGUGGACCGACGCGGAUGAAUUUGUACCCGAGAGAUGGUUCGACCGAGACAACGACACAUCCACCGACAAAGACACAAAAACGGAAACAAACACGACCAACCAGGACAAUGUUGGUGGAAGAUACAAAAACGACAAAAGAGGAGUCGUCAAUUCUUUUCAAUUGGGCCCUAGAAAUUGUCCCGGCCAGAGCCUCGCAAACGCAGAGUUCAGACUCGUCAUUACCCAUUUGAUAUGGAACUUCGACGUCGAGGCCGCCUCGGCACAGGAACAAAUCCCGGAUUGGUCCAAGACCAAAAUCUUUGGUCUGGUGGCGGAAAAGAGACCUCUGACGGUCAAGUUGAGACUCAGAAAGACAGAGCCGGGGGGCACUCCGAUGCUUUGGAAUUUCUAA